AAUCCAAAGCAGGCUCCAGGCUCUGAGCUGUCAGCCCAGAGCCUGAUGUGGGGCUCGAACCCAUGAACUGUGAGAUCAUGACCUGAGUCGAAGUUGGAUGCUUUACUGACUGAGCCACCCAGGCACCCCAUGUCCUUUCAUCUCUUAAGCCUCCUUUUGUCACCCAAUCAAAAUGAGUCAUUUGUUCUUUGAAGACUUAUGUUGGUCACUUGUAUUAUAACCCUUACUCCUGCCUACCCUGAAGUUUUAUUAAUUCUUUUCAUGGCCGUCUCUCCUGCUGGACUUCAAGCUUCUUCAGGGCAGGAAUAGUGUCUGACUUCUCCCACUCAAAGCAUCUAGAAUAGCACCUCUUAACAACUGUUUUAUGAAUAAAUACUGUGUUUGUAAAUUGGGGGGGGGUAGCCUGAUCUUCAUUUUCCUCAAAGCCAGACUUCAUUUCUGAGGUAGCGCAGGUUUUCUCAAGAAACCUGUUUCCCAGGUGAGAUAAUUAAGGCCCAGAAAAGUGAAGCAAGACAAAGCUCACCCUGCAAAUGAGCGAGAGUUGGGACUGUGAUUCAAGGACAGGAAUCCUGGGCCAUCCCGGGUUGACUCCAUAGAGUUAUCAAUCAGAGAAUGUUUCCUGACCACAAGGGUUGAGAAAGCACCCCGAGGGGAUGAGUGAGACCCAGCAAAUAACUUCCCCAAGGAUUAGGUUUUUAACAGUCCUUGUGGUCCAGUUAGGUAGAGCCCUGACUGGCGCCUUUGGGUGGGGCAGGCUGACCCUCUGGGCUGCUGCCAGCCCUUUCGUGUGAUGGAUUCUCACAGGGACACACUCUGUUUUCUGUGGUCUCUCUGUGAUGGGCAGCAGCUGCACGAUGAAGCUGAUGUGGCGUAUGUUUGUUGCUUCUUCAACAUGAGCCAACUAGAUGUAGCAAUUUGACAAAACAGCCAGGCUUUACAGACUGAUUUGCUGGGAUCCUGCAGCAUCUGGAGGAAACAGGCAAUCGAUAAAGAGUUGAGGGCCAGGUGAGGUGGGGUUUAGAGACGCCCCAGCCCUUCCAUUCCCAAACCUCCAUAAUAGAAGCUGUUUCCUUCUGCUAACAAUUUCCAUCCAGCAGGUACCUUCCUCAUCCAGAACAGAACUAUUCUGGGAAAUUUUAGUUCUUUUCUCUCUCUUUAUGCCACUCCAUUUCUGCCCACAUUUUCCUUUCCUUAAUCAGGGAGAAUGUAAAGUCAAGAUGUUGCCUUCACAUUAAUUCUGGUCACGUUGCUAAACUAUUUCCCAUACUUUUAAUGAGAAUUCUUAACAAAUUUUUUUCUUUUUAAAUUGGCCUGACAUUCCAUUGUUCCAGGGUUUCACCUUUAUCAUCUCCAUCUUUAUUAUUUUUUACCAUGUUAUUUUCUCUCUCUGUUAUUAGCUCAGCAUUUCCAUGAUGUCACCACUCCUCAAGUUUUCUGCCUUGUUUUUCUCAGUUUCAGUUUCUAAUUCUUGGUUUCAGCCUGAUAAUGAAAUGUACAAACAAAAUUACAGUGGGGUGGUUGUUCCUCCUACACUCAACACCAUGGUGGCCAAACAUCUGAGGGAUGGAGUGUCCAGUGGGGAGCUCUCUGGCAUUGGUGGAGUUGGAAGAGCCGGUGGAAGGCCAGAAGAACAAGGAAGUGACCUGUAAGAGAGAGAAGUGCCCAGUGCUGUCAAGAGACUGUGCCCUGGCCAUCAAGCAGAGGGGAGCCUGUUGUGAGCGGUGCAAAGGUUGCACCUAUGAAGGAAGUACCUAUAACAGCUCCUUCAGAUGGCAGAGUCCUGCACAACCCUGUGUUCUACGUCAGUGCCAGGAAGGUGUUGUCACAGAGUCUGAGGUGCGAUGUGUUGUUCAUUGUAAAAACCCUUCCAAGCAUCUGGGAACGUGCUGCCCCACAUGUCCAGGUUGUGUGUUUGAGGGUGUGCAGUACCGAGAAGGGGAGGAAUUUCAGCCAGAAGGAAACAAAUGUACCAGGUGUUCCUGUGUUGGAGGCAGGACACAGUGCGUGAGAGAAGUCUGUCCCAUUCUCUCCUGUCCUCAACACCUUAGCCACAUUCCCCCAGGACAGUGCUGCCCCAAAUGUUUGGGUCAGAGGAAAGUGUUUGACCUUCCAUUUGGAAGCUGCCUCUUUCGCAGUGAUGUUUAUGACAACGGAUCUUCAUUUCUCUAUGAUAACUGCACUGCAUGCACCUGCCGGGACUCUACUGUAGUAUGUAAGAAGAAAUGCUCCCACCCUGGUGGCUGCGUCAGAGGGGAGGAGACCUGUUGUGAAGAGUGCCUCCUGCGAGUGCCUCCAGAAGAUGUCAAAGUGUGCAAGUUUGGCAACAAGGUUUUCCGGGAUGGAGAGAUGUGGUCCUCUGUUAAUUGCACCAUCUGUGCUUGUGUGAAAGGCAAGACAGAGUGUCGAAAGAAGCAGUGCGUUCCCAUCAGCAGCUGCCCGCAGGGUAAAAUUCUCAACAGGAAAGGAUGCUGUCCUAUUUGCACUGAAAAGCCUGGCGUUUGCACGGUAUUCGGAGAUCCCCACUACAACACUUUUGACGGACGGACAUUUAACUUUCAGGGGACGUGUCAGUACGUUUUGACAAAAGACUGCUCCUCCCCUGCCUCGCCCUUUCAGGUGCUGGUGAAGAACGACGCGCGCAGGACCCGCUCCUUCUCCUGGACCAAGUCUGUGGACCUGGUGCUGGGCUCCAGCACCGUCAGCCUCCAGCAGCACUUGACCGUGCGCUGGAACGGCUCGCGCAUCGCGCUGCCCUGCCAGGCGCCGCAGUUCCACAUCGACCUGGAUGGCUACCUCUUGAAAGUGACGACCAAAGCAGGUUUGGAAAUAUCCUGGGAUGGAGACAGUUUUGUCGAAGUCAUGGCUGCCCCUCAUCUCAAGGGCAAACUCUGUGGUCUUUGUGGCAACUACAAUGGACAUAAGCGUGAUGAUUUAAUUGGUGGAGACGGAAACUUCAAGUUUGAUGUGGAUGACUUUGCUGAGUCCUGGAGGGUAGAAUCCAAUGAGUUCUGCAACAGACCUCGAAAAAAACCAGUGCCUGAACUGUGUCAAGGGACAGUGAAGGUAAAGCUCCGAGCUCAUCGAGAAUGCCAGAAACUCAAAUCCUGGGAGUUUCAGACCUGCCACUCAACUGUGGACUAUGCCACUUUCUACCGGUCCUGUGUGACAGACAUGUGUGAAUGUCCAGUCCAUAAAAACUGUUACUGCGAGUCAUUUCUGGCAUAUACCCGGGCCUGCCAGAGAGAAGGCAUCAGUGUCCACUGGGAGCCUCAGCAGAACUGUGCAGCCACCCAGUGUAAGCAUGGAGCUGUGUAUGAUACCUGUGGCCCGGGAUGUGCCAAGACCUGUGACAACUGGAAUGAGAUCGGUCCAUGCAAUAAGCCGUGCAUCGCAGGUUGCCACUGUCCCGCCAACCUGGUCCUUCACAAGGGAAGGUGCAUCAAGCCAGUUCUUUGUCCUCAGCGGUGACCUUUGUUCUGCUCCUAAGACUUUGAAAUCCGGUGUCUUUGACACUGAAGUGGAAGAGCCAAUGAAGGACUGCGGUAUUUGUGUGCUGAUUCUUCAAAUACACACAGAGUAUAUAUGUGUACAUAUAUAGAUAUAUAGAUAUAUUCAGAAACAUUUCAUCAUUUAUAUAAACUAUAGGUGGAUUAUUAUAUGUAUAUUUUUUGCUAUAAGACAUGUAUUAUUUCUAGGAUCCUAAUCUGUAAGCCAUUGGAUACAUUGUAUAAAUAAGCCAGGUGUUUGUAAUUUAAUAAGGCAGCAUGCAGACAUAUUGGGUGGCUUUAACAUCACAUACAUUUGUCAUUUCUAAGAAGUUUUCUAAGAGACCUAAAUUGCCUGCCUGCAUUAAUUUUAGCUUUGAAUCAAGACUUGCAGUUGAGUGGAAAAUGUGUUUCUCUGGAGAAGGGCAGAGUUAUCUAGGGGCAUUUCAUGCUUCCAAAGAAAGGAGUGUAUGCCCUAGGGAGAUGACUGGUGAUUGGUGACAGGACCCAAUGAUGCAUGUAAAGCAAGGGAUAGGUUGUUAGACUUUAUUGGGUCAUGGUCCAAUAUUAUUUCCAAAACCGAUUGGCUAGUUGCCAAGAAAUAUAUAUUUGUCAGUAGAGCAUAACCAAAGAAUUGAAUGGUUUCUUGCCAUCUUUGCAUAUUCCUUGAGUCACCUAAUUAUACAUGUGUGUAUGAUGGAUGUGUCCAUUUAUAUGUCGCAGUGAGAUUAAAGAAUGUUUGGGUGACAUGUCAGUUUUAUUGAGCAUGAGCAGAUAUUUAGGGAAAGUUUUGCACAACGUAUGAAAGAAUAGCCAUUUGUCUGAAUCUUAGAGCAAUUAAGGAUGGGCCAAUAUGAGUUGAUGUAAGCCAUCUAUGUUUUAUGACUAUUCCAUGUGUAAAAUGAAAAUCAUUAAUUAUUUCUAGAAAUUCCUAGCCCAGUGCUAUUUGGUGACUGUUAAUACGUCAUGAUUCUACAAAAAGAAAGCCUUUUCUGACCAGUUGAUUGAAUAUCAGUCCAAACAAAGACUGGUCUCUGUAUUUGCUCUAAUUUACAGGUAGUUUACUACUGGUCAUCAGAUGAAUUUCCUGACUUUUUUUUUCAGUUGAAUAAAUGAAAAUGUCAACAAAACAAAACCCACUAAUGUUUCAUUUCAAGAUACUAUGUUCCACAGUGUAGUCAAUAAAGGGCUCAAUAUUUAAAACAAUGCA